UGAAGCUCUCUCGUCGGUCGCGUGUGUUGCUUUUAGAAAGUGAUUUCACUAUGCUGGGCCAACUUGUAGGAUCCGCCAUGCUUUUGGCCGCAACCGCCAUCUUCCUCUACUACACCACCUGGACGCUGCUCAUGCCGUUCGUCGAUCCGGGCCACCCUCUGCAUGACCUCUUCCCGCCCCGUGUUUGGGCCAUCCGCAUCCCCGUCUUCCUGACCCUCCUGGGCUCCGCCGUCGUUGGAACAUUUAUCGGCAUUGUGAUGAUCAACAGCAACAAGAAGAAGGCCGCGAAGGCCAAGGCGGCAGCUGCGAAGAAGAAGACUUGAACGCGUACCCUUCGAGGGAGAGGAGUGUUGAGAUGGGAUAGGGUGGAGAGCGCGAAAGGUGGCUGACCCGAAAGUACCUACAGCUUCGGAUGUGCCAUCUGUCUG